ACAGCGGUUCCACGCUGAGAGCCCUCACUUAACUUCAAGACCGGCAUUAUCUAACAUUUUUGGGACUUUAAAAUCAUAUAUUCUGGCGAGUGGCAAGGACCUUCAACACUUGCCAUUUAGUUAAGGUGUAGGUGUAUAUUGGUUGACACUCCGUAUUCUUGAAUCUUGUCUAGAGCUGCAAUAACCCGGACAGUGUUCCAAACAAAAGCCACUGAACGACUUGGCUAUAGCCGACAGCCUACAUGCAUUGUUUUUAUCUAGCUAUAGCUUGAUUUAGUACAUUUUUAUAGGUGCCCCGUUAAACUGUGUCUAUAGCUAUGAAUAAAUCUAAACUAGCAGUCGGACUUUUAGUCGUUGGCACUCUGACGGUAGUUUUUGGAACAGUUCUUGUUUUCGUUGGACCAAUCAUUAUCGACAACCAAAUAGUCAAGAACUUAGUGAUAGACCCUAAGAAUGAGAUGUCCUACACCAUGUGGAAGGAUGUUCCUGUCCCCUUCUUCAUGACUGUCUAUUUCUUCAAUGUCCUGAACCCUACUGAAGUCCUGGCUGGAGAGAAACCCAUGGUGGAGCAGAGAGGUCCCUACGUAUACAGGAAGCGUAUUCAGAAGCAGAACAUCACGUUCCAUCCAAACCACACAGUGUCGUAUCUUGAAUACAGGAGCUACUUCUUUGAGCCCAGCAUGUCAGUGGGCAAUGAGUCGGAUGUGGUCACCAUCCCCAACAUGCUUGUGUUGGGUGCAGCAGUGAUGAUGGAGAACUUGCCGUUCCCAGUGCGUCUGAUGAUCAGCACCACCUUUAAGACCUUUAAGGAGGGACCUUUCCUCACCAAGUCUGUAGGAAAGCUGAUGUGGGGCUAUGACAGCAAGCUGGUGGACUUCCUCAAUAAAUGGCUCCCUGGGAUGCUGCCUUCCACUGGCAAGUUUGGCCUUUUUGCUGAGUUUAACAACUCAAAUACUGGUUUGUUCACAAUCCACACCGGCGAAGAUGACAUCAGGCUGAUUCACAAAGUGGACUCAUGGAAUGGCAUGACCAAGUUGACCAAUUGGAAGACUCCUCAGUGUAACAUGAUCAACGGUACAGCUGGACAAAUGUGGCCUCCCUUCAUGACUAAAGAGUCUACACUGCCCUUCUACAGUCCUGACGCCUGCAGAUCUUUGGAGAUGGUGUACCAGCGUGAGGGGAUAAUGGAGGGGAUUCCUCUGUACCGUUACGUGGCUCCUAAGACUCUGUUCGCUAAUGGCUCAGACUACGCUCCCAACGAGGGAUUCUGUCCCUGCAGACAGUCUGGCCUCCUCAAUGUCAGCAGCUGCAGAUCCAACUCCCCAGUGUUUAUCUCCCACCCGCACUUCUACAAUGCUGACCCUGUCCUGCUAGACUAUGUACAGGGACUUCAGCCUACUGAGGACCAACAUGGACUCUUCAUAGACAUCCACCCUGAGACUGGUGUACCUCUGAAUGUGUCUAUCCGUCUGCAGCUCAACUUGUACAUGAAGAAAGUGUCUGGGAUCACGGAAACUGGGAAGAUCUCAGAGGUGAUGAUGCCCAUGAUGUGGUUUGAGGAGAAUGGUUAUAUCGAUGGUGAAAUCCUGACGACGUUCCACACUAACCUGGUGCUAUUGCCCAAGGUGAUGGUGUACAUGCAGUACUGUUUCAUAGUCCUGGGCCUGGCCACCAUACUGGGGGUUGUACUACUAUACUACAGGAAGAAGGCGUCGUUGAAAAAAAAUCUGCCUACAGUGAUCCAGAACCAUGGGGCAUCUGUUAAAGACACCGUAAACAGCGCAGAUGCCCUCAAACAAGACGGACAAAUGUAUCGUGAAUGACACAGGUGCAUGUGUGGGUGAGCCAUGAACUCCCUUAGGCCUGGGCUGGCAUCUGCCUGCAUGAACUCCCUCAGGUCUGGGCUGGCGUCUGCCUGCCUACACCUCAAUCGGUCUGGUUCUCACCUGGUACGGUUCUCAGCUGGUCCUGCGUCUGCUCCUGUAGAAGCUCUGGACCUAGGUUCUGUUUAGGACUUACGAGUCGAAAGGGAAAGGCAGGACCACUCCGGUGUCCCAUCCAACCCUCCAAUGAGGAUCGUCAUGCAUCCUGUCUUUGUUUUAUGUUGUGAAUCUCUCGUCUCUCUUAUCCUUGCAUUUCCUCACAGUAUCAUGUGUUUUUACUAGUCCUGAAAUGCUGUAGGAAUCCACUGAACAGAAAUAUAUAUGCAACAAUUUCAUGAGUUACAGUUCAUAUAAGAAAUACAUUAAUUAGGCCCUAAUCUCUUAAUUCAUAUGAUGGGAAUACAGACAUGCAUCUAUUGGUCACAAAUACCUUAAAAAAAAAAGUUGUGGCGUGGAUCAGAAAACCACUCAUCUGGUGUGACCACCAUUUACCUCAUGCAGCAUGACAUCUCCUUCACAUAGAGUUGAUCAGGCU